GCGGUGCGGGCGCGACCGCGGGCGCUGCGCGCUCCUCCGCUCGCCGACCCGGUCCCGAAGCCGCGUCCACGCCACUGCCCCUCUGGGGCCGGUCGGAUUACCGCUCCUCGCGCCAGCAGACGGCAGGACUGGAGAACUGAGCCCAGUUUUUGUCUUUUUUUUUUUUUUUAACCCUUCUGAGAACAGGCGAGGAGAAAAGGGGGUGUGUGCCUGGGGAGGGCGAAGGCGCAGCGAACACCUCUUAACUCUCGCAGCCCCGCGAGCUCACGACUGCAAUCAGCUGCCGCCAGCUCGGAGCGGCCGACGCCGGGAAAGCGGAGCGGGGAGCAGCGCAGCAGCUAGCGAGCGCGGCCUGGGCGGCUUCGGGGCGCCCCCGCACCCCCAUCCCCGGUGGCGGCCCAGGGAGAGGGCUGGGGGCGCCGGAGACACACUUUGGCGAUGAAGCGCCUUCCCCCGCGGCUGGAGCAGGCUGGUGCCAGGGUCCAAGGACAAAGCAGGGAAGCGCUGGUGGCGCCGCUCCUCGGGCUCUCGGGGGGGCAUGCACCUGCAUAGCCCGCCGGGCCUUGGCUCUCCCUGGCGCGCCUCAACUCCGCGGCUUCGCCGGCUCCGGAUUUACUAGAAGCCAUUUUGUCUCCCCUACCCCUCCCCUCCCCUCUGCCCUCCCUGCCCCCACUACUUCCCCCUUUGUUAAUUAAAACUAAAGUCAGAAUGGGAACGACGUGCCCGGCUCCCGUGGAGAAAGCUUAAGGACAUAGUGCUAAUUCUUUCCUGCUUUCCCUCCGAGAUGGAAAGAGGAGCUCCUAGCUCACUUAAGCCGGGGUAAGGCUGGUUCUCUUUUCCAAGCCAAAAUCCCAGGCGAUGGUGAAUUAUGAACGUGCCACACCAUGAAGCUCUUGUGGCAGGUAACUGUGCACCACACCUGGAAUGCCGUCCUGCUUCCCGUCGUCUACCUCACGGCGCAAGUGUGGAUUCUGUGUGCAGCCAUCGCUGCUGCCGCUUCAGCCGGGCCCCAGAACUGCCCCUCCGUCUGUUCCUGCAGUAACCAGUUCAGCAAGGUGGUGUGCACCCGCCGGGGACUUUCUGAGGUCCCGCAGGGUAUUCCUUCCAACACCCGGUAUCUCAACCUCAUGGAAAACAACAUCCAGAUGAUUCAGGCCGACACCUUCAGGCAUCUCCACCACCUGGAGGUCCUGCAACUGGGCAGGAACUCCAUCAGGCAGAUAGAGGUGGGGGCCUUCAACGGCCUCGCCAGUCUCAACACCCUGGAACUGUUUGACAACUGGCUGACUGUCAUCCCCAGCGGGGCCUUUGAGUACCUGUCCAAACUGCGGGAGCUCUGGCUUCGCAACAACCCCAUUGAGAGCAUCCCCUCUUACGCCUUCAACCGGGUGCCCUCCCUGAUGCGGCUGGACCUGGGGGAGCUCAAGAAGCUGGAGUAUAUCUCGGAGGGGGCUUUCGAGGGGCUGUUCAAUCUCAAGUACCUGAACUUGGGCAUGUGCAACAUUAAAGAGAUGCCGAACCUCACACCCCUGGUGGGGCUGGAGGAGCUGGAGAUGUCCGGGAACCACUUCCCCCAGAUCAGGCCUGGGUCCUUCCAUGGCCUGAGCUCCCUCAAAAAACUGUGGGUGAUGAACUCACAGGUCAGCUUGAUCGAGCGGAAUGCUUUUGACGGGCUGGCUUCCCUUGUGGAACUCAACUUGGCCCACAACAACCUCUCCUCUUUGCCCCAUGACCUCUUCACUCCCCUGAGGUACCUAGUGGAGCUGCAUCUACACCACAACCCCUGGAACUGCGACUGUGAUAUUCUGUGGCUAGCCUGGUGGCUUCGGGAGUACAUACCCACCAAUUCCACCUGCUGUGGCCGCUGUCACGCUCCCAUGCACAUGCGAGGCCGCUACCUGGUGGAGGUGGACCAGGCCUCCUUUCAGUGCUCUGCCCCCUUCAUCAUGGAUGCACCCCGGGACCUCAAUAUUUCUGAGGAUCGGAUGGCAGAACUUAAGUGUCGGACUCCCCCCAUGUCCUCUGUGAAGUGGUUGCUGCCCAAUGGGACAGUGCUCAGCCACGCCUCCCGGCACCCACGGAUCUCUGUUCUUAAUGAUGGCACCUUGAACUUUUCUCGUGUGCUGCUCAUAGACACUGGAGUAUACACAUGCAUGGUGACCAACGUGGCCGGCAACUCCAAUGCCUCGGCCUACCUCAAUGUGAGCUCGGCCGAGCUCAACACCCCCAACUUCAGCUUCUUCACCACAGUGACAGUGGAGACCACAGAGAUUGCGCCCGAGGACAUGACACGGAAGUACAAGCCUGUUCCCACCACAUCCACUGGUUACCAGCCGGCAUAUACCACCUCUACCACGGUGCUCAUUCAGACCACCCGUGUGCCCAAGCAGGUGCCAGUACCCUCAACAGACACCACUGACAAGAUGCAGACCAGCCUGGAUGAAGUCAUGAAGACCACCAAGAUCAUCAUCGGCUGCUUUGUGGCAGUGACUCUCCUGGCUGCUGCCAUGUUGAUUGUCUUCUAUAAACUUCGCAAGCGGCACCAGCAGCGGAGUACAGUCACAGCUGCCAGGACAGUCGAGAUUAUCCAGGUGGAUGAAGACAUCCCAGCAGCACCUGCGGCAGCAACAGCAGCUCCAUCCGGUGUAUCAGGUGAGGGGGCAGUAGUGUUGCCCACAAUACAUGACCAUAUUAACUACAACACCUACAAACCAGCACACGGGGCCCACUGGACAGAAAACAGCCUGGGGAACUCUCUGCACCCCACAGUCACCACUAUCUCUGAACCUUAUAUAAUUCAGACCCAUACCAAGGACAAGGUACAGGAAACUCAAAUAUGACUCCCCCUCCCUCAAAAAAAAAAA